CAACACAACAGGGUUAGUAGGUUAUACUUCGAUUGGAGCUAACUGCCCAGCAGAGAGGAAGGAAGAAGGAAGAAGAGGAGAUUCAUGGCGUCUGCGGCAGGUUCGACUGCGGCCGUCCCCUUCUGGAGGGCAGCGGGCAUGACUUACAUUAGCUACUCCAACAUCUGCGCGUCCCUCGUUCGGAGUUGCCUCAAGGAGCCUCACAAGACCGAGGCCCUAAAUCGUGAGAAAGUUCAUUUCGCCGUCUCCAAGUGGGCCGACGGCAAGGCUGAGAAACCCACCCUUCGCUCGGAUACGCCUGGAGAGUGAAAGGAGAGUGGAUUGGCUCUCAUGUCUUAAGAGGCAAUGCAGGCAAUGCAAAUCCGCCUCUAUGUGUUCUUGGAUUGGUUGAUUUAUUUUCUUGGGAGUUAAAAAAAAACAUCACCUAUUUUGGGUUUGGAAAGAUA